UGAUAUAUUGUAAAGCAGUAAAAAUCAAAACAACUUUUGAUAAACUGAUGAAAUGUAAAGAUAUUUAAAAACUUUUUCAAGUGUUGGGCAAAUGUUUUGACCAUCGAUGACGACGAGUGGAUUCACUGAUGGCUGACGAGAUAUUCAAAGAUUUUACAGAAUUGGAACAGUUUUUUAAAAAUCUCGGAAUUGAAUAUCGGUUUAACUGUUAUUUCGAGAAGAAUGCUCAGGGAUGUCAUCUUUUGGGUGAAUACAUGUCCAAAAUACAGAAUGAUUUGAUCCGAUCAAACAAAGUAUUCAAAGAUAAUUGCAAUGAUAACAAGUUUGGUCGCAGUUGUACGCAAUACGGCAUUAAUCUAUUGACCUCAAGAGGGUGUCCGAAGGAUCUGAAGAAAUCGCUCGACAACUUCUUGAAAGGCUGUGAGUUAGGCGACAACGAGGGAUGCUUUUAUUCCGGACAACUGCUAUCCGGUAGUGAUGGCGACUAUCGGUCAGACAUUGAGCCGAACAUCAAGAAAGCGAUGGAUUAUUUUGAAAAAGGUUGCGAAAUGACGGCUAACAGUACAGUGGCCGCCGAGUGUUGCUUUUACGCCCACUCACACUAUCUGUUCGGCAAAAACGGCUGUCAGAAGAAUGCCGACAAAGCAUUCAAAUUUGGUGUCAAAGGAUGUGAUUUAAAUAAUUACGAUUCUUGUAAUAAUUUAAGUCAAAUGUAUGCCUUAGGCUUAGGAACAAUCAAGAAUCAAACGAUGGCUAAGAAAUAUAAGGAUAAAACUAUUGAUAUGAUUCAACAGAUUAAGAAAGCAUCACAUAUUGACACUCAAAGAACUUGAUGUCUAAUGUCUUUAUUUUUAUAGUUUUUAUUUUCUAUCAAAUUAGGAA